UUGUUCAACUACGCACGGGAAACAAAUAGCGGCUGCCCCGUUGCGAAUGUGUAUGUGCAGUUGAUAGUGUGUUGUUGUGUCGUUUACCACGGUUUGCGUAUAUCUGAUACUUUUUGUUGUUGUUGUUGCUAAUCAUGAAACAGAUGACGGCCUACUACCGCUCUUAAGUCCGUCUGAUCAGAAUACGAUUCAACAGUGCUUGCAGCAGUUGAAGUGGUGUCAUUCUUUUCCAAACCUUGGGGCAUCCCCAUUCGCUGUAUGUCCGGAAUGUGUGCAGUGUCUAGGUAGUGUGCCGCAACAAUCAGGAAGGAACGGUAGACACCAUACUGCUGCAGGUUCAUUCCGGUACGUUGGAAGAGUUUGCAGAACUGAAGCAAGUGAUCGGAUGUGUGAAAUUUCUUACUUAAACGAUUACUAAGUUAAUGUCGUUUUUUUUUUCAGUGAACAUUAAGAAAGUGAUGCAAGUGCUUCUUCUCAGCAGCGUAUGAAAUGCAGCAGAGGACUGUUUGAUCCACUUGUUAGUUGUCCAACGCUGGUGUGCAGGCCAGGAAUAGUUUGUUAGUGAAAUUGGCCAUCUAGUGUGCAUCGACACUGCGUAUUCGUGUGUAUCGGGAAGCAGUGUGAAGGGUGUACGCGUGUGUGUGUGUGUGCAUACGUGUGCGUGAGGCGCGCGUGUAUCAUCCGUUCGAAGUCGCGGACAAACAAAGGAAAGUGCUCCCGAAGUGUCGAUACUCGGUAGAGGCAUCCCCGUUCCGGUAAAAAGCCCCACCAACACCACGCCGGAAUUGGAAUCGCUCGUGUGCGUUCUCAAUUAUAUACUGGGGACGAAUCCAGCCCCAAUUCAUCGGAAGGGCGUCUAGGAACAGGGCGUUCAAUUCCAGCCUUGGCUGUUGGUAACAUUCGUUCGCCUUUUUUCAACAGUUGGAUUCAUCACACAUGCACUGUCUCUUCUAGCCCUGCCCUCGCUCCCGAUUGCAGUGGAGUUCACCUUUUCCCUUGAACCCUCCAGCCGAUCGAGUAGUGGUGCUCUUGUUUGUGUUGGUUGGUGCUGUGCCGUGACGUUUGUUGCCUCUUUGUUGGUUGGGCGAGACGUUUCUAGUGCGUAGUUCCUUAGCUUAGCUGCCUUCCGCUGGAGAGCAGUGCCGGAAAACGAAUUUACGAAUAUUAGUGCUUAGAUUACGUGUGUCGACCAGCGUGAAGGGAGAACAGAGAAGGCAGUCACCACAGUGAAAAGGAAAGGUAACGAGCAACAACGACGAUAACAAACGACAACAACGACAUUCCUACCAACAAAGUUCCGUCGUAGCAAGUGAGUCCGAACACGGACGAUGACGGCGCGGAACGGGGAAAGGGAAAAGGGCUCCGGCAAGGAGCCCAGCGACAAGACGAACCACAGCCAGCUGGUUCGCAACCGAUUUGAGGUAAGCAUAACUCUCCCGGAUGAUGAGAUCUCGCGGAAACUACCAAAGGAAAUAUUGCUUCGCAUUUUAUCAUACCUUGACGUAACUUCGCUGUGCCGCUGUGGACAGGUGUCCCGGUACUGGAACAUGCUUGCGCUGGAUGGUUCCAACUGGCAGAAAAUAGAUCUUUUCGAUUUUCAGCGUGACAUUGAGGGUCCAGUGAUCGAAAACAUUUCACAGCGUUGUGGCGGCUUUCUGAAGUAUCUGAGGCUGCGCGGAUGUCAAUCGGUCGGUAGCCACUCUAUUCGUACCCUCGCCAACUACUGCCAUAACAUCGAGCAUCUCGAUCUGUCCGAGUGCAAAAAGAUCAGUGACGUUGCCAUACAACAGCUCAGCAAGAACUGUGCCAAGCUGACCGCCAUCAACUUGGAGUCGUGCUCACAGAUAUCCGACAGUAGCCUUAAGGCACUCUCCGAUGGGUGUCCGAAUUUGACCGAAAUCAAUGUGUCCUGGUGCAAUCUAAUCACGGAGAAUGGGGUGGAGGCACUCGCCAGGGGAUGCAAUAAGAUUAAAAAGUUUAGCUGUAAAGGAUGCAAGCAGGUGAACGAUAGGGCUGUUAUCUCGCUCGCCAUAUAUUGUCCAGGCAUCGAAGUUUUAAAUCUACAUAGUUGUGAUAGCAUAACGGAUGCAUCGAUAUCGAAGAUCGCGGAAAAGUGUUGUAAUUUAAAGCAGCUGUGCGUGUCCAAAUGUACCGAGCUUACCGAUCAGUCACUCACUGCCCUAGCGAUGAAUAAUCAGUAUCUCAACACGCUCGAGGUGGCCGGCUGCGCACAAUUCACUGACAGUGGCUUCAUCGCUCUGGCCAAGAACUGUAAAUACCUGGAGCGAAUGGAUCUGGAAGAGUGUAGUCUGAUUACCGAUGCGACAUUGCAGAACCUCGCAUUGGGGUGUCCUAGUCUUGAGAAAUUGACUUUAUCACACUGCGAACUAAUAACGGACGAAGGUAUCCGACAGCUGGCCGGUGGUGGUUGUGCGGCCGAAAGUCUUUCCGUCCUAGAGCUAGACAACUGUCCACUGAUCACGGACGCUACGUUAGAACAUCUUAUAACCUGUCACAAUCUACAGCGGAUAGAGCUGUACGACUGCCAACUCAUAUCGCGGAACGCGAUCCGUCGUUUAAGGAAUCACCUUCCAAACAUAAAAGUACACGCGUACUUUGCACCGGUCACACCUCCGCCAACAAUAAACGGUCCGCGCCCGAGGUACUGCCGCUGUUGCGAAAUUCUCUGAGAUCAGGCGAUUGGCUUAGCCAGAAAAGUGCUCUGCAGGAGUAGAGACGACUGAUAUUUAUAUUUGUAACCGUAACAUACAUAUACCGCCUCGUCGUACGUACGUCUGACUACACAACUAUACCACCAUGCCCACAACACCAACCUCCAAUGCUUCGAGACAGGAGAAAUUGCGCCGGAUCAUUUCUCAGCUCGAACCGAAUAAGAAUGUUUCUUCGCAUCAUUCAUGCCUUCAUGCGGGUUUUGGGGCAUCACACUGUUUGUUUAUUGGCGGUUGAUUUACUAGCCUCUAAUGUAGCUGGCUUUGCAGGCCUGGACUGAAAAAAAAACUACGCAAAAUAGUAGUUGCAACUCUUUGAACGCUGAGUGCGAGAAGGACGGUUGGUUGGUGAUAUGGUGGUGCACGGCCUAGGGCACGAAUUUUAUGAUGUGGCUUGCACUGUUGCUGGUGCGAUAAGUAUUUUAUUGCUAAUCGAAAACUUAUCCAAUCGUUUGGCCGACAAUAGCUUAAUGAAUGUUUCUCGUAUAUUAGUAGCCCUGUAGGUGUGUAAGCAUUUUCCCCUUACAUUGAUUGGCGAUUGAGAGGACACAAACGGACAGAAGACAACAACAAAACAAAUAUAGUAAACCAAAAUCAACAACACACGUUUAAUAACGUACGUACAUUUGCAACACAACCAACUCAGAAUAUCACACCAAAUAGUAAUGCAGCUUGUUGUACGGUGAAAAGCCAGAGCGAUGAAGAUUGUUUAACAAGCCUCCGGCGAGUGGAAAGUAAUGCAUAUACCAAAUACCAAAAAAGAAACAAGAGAUUGGAUCGAUAAAUCGUGCAAUGUACGACGACGAAAAACAGCUAUCACAUGUGUUCAAAGCAUAAUUAGAGAGUGGCCAGUGUUUGGAGUGGUAAAACAACUAUCCUUAACAUAUUAGAGCUAACGAACUUCGACGAAUGAACUAAAGAGAACAAACAAAACAAUAGGAAAAUCAACCAUCACGUUCAUAUGUACAUGAAUCAUUUUGAAGCAGCAGUAAAAGGUAUGCAAGUAUACUUUCUUCUGAAAACAGAACCGAAAAAACAACCCAAUAUCCCAGUGCUAGUUUGCGAAUACUUAAACAAUACGACAAAAACCUCACUACCACACGCCAGUAGAGGAUACAUCUACAUGCCACGAAAAAUAAAAACCCACACACACAUUUUAACAUAUUAAGCAUUAUCUAUUAGCCACAAUACUUUACAAUAAAAUGUGUGCAUGAGUGUAAAAACUUACAGAAAAAAUAAAACAAAAAAAAAAGCCAUUAACGUAGGUAAAACGAAAAGGAUAAAACAUAUAAGAACAAAUGAGAUGAAAACCGCGCACUCAGAAUGUUCACAGUGAGGUGCAAAAAAAACACACACAACACAUCGCUAUUGUGCGAAUGAAUCGUGUCAUCUGGGGGGUGUUUUUUUUCGUCAGAGCACUAUGUAGUAACUACUACUGU